GACAAGAAAACAUUGGUGUCAAGUGCGCAAUAAUUAGACAUUUUUUAAAAGAAAUCGAAUGUAAACUGUAACUUGUUAACGAAAUUGCUGCUUUAAAUUAUUCGAAAACUCACUAGCCGCGCGCUGAAUGAAAUUAAGAAUAGAACAUAGACACAGUUGUCGAAAUUGUUAAGAAAAACGCCGCAUAAAUUGAAGUUUGUAUAAAAUAGUUGAACUUAACAUGUUCAAGUUAGCACAGAAGUUGCUGCCACAGCAGCAUCAGCGGCUUCUACAAUGUUCCGCCGUAAUGCGUCGGUUUAUUUCCACGAGCGAUGAAGUCAAAUCUGUAGACACAAUAAAUGGAUUGCCGACGGAAUUGGUCAAUGAGCAGAAAUUAAAGAAGACAACCAGAACUUUAUCUACACUACAAAAUCAUUCGGUGCCCAUAGCAGCGCGCGUCACAGUCUCAAAAGAUGAGAGUCGCGACUUUAUGGCCGUGUUUCCUGACGUAGUGCGUGACCUCACAAGCGCGACAAAGGCGUACAAUUGCAGCGAUGCUGCCAAAUGGUUUGCCCAGGUCUUGCAAUACAAUGUGCCGCGUGGCAAGAAGAACCGUGGCAUAUUGACGGUGCUCACCUAUAAAAACCUGGUGCCCGCCGAGGAAUUGACACCGGAGAACAUUAAGCUGGCCCAGUAUUUGGGCUGGUGCGUGGAAAUGCUCCAAAGUUUCUUUAUUAUAUCGGACGAUGUUAUGGACAAUAGCACAACCAGACGCGGCCAAAAGUGCUGGCACAAGGUGGAGAAUGUCGGCCUCACAGCCAUCAACGAUGCCCUCAUGAUAGAGAACGCAAUGUAUGCCAUACUCAAGCAACACUUCAGCCACUUGGACUGCUAUGUGGCUUUGAUGGAGCUGUUCCAUGAGAUCGCGUACAUAACAACCUGUGGACAAUCGCUGGACUUGCUCAAUUCACACAAACGCGUGUCGGAGUUUACCAUGGAAAACUACAAAGCAAUUGUCGAUAAUAAAACUGCCUACUACUCCUUCUACCUGCCCUUUGCACUGGCAAUGCAUUUAGCCGGCUACAAAGAUGCCGAGGCAUUUAGACAGUCGAAGACCAUUUUGCUUGAAAUGGGUCACUUUUUCCAGGUGCAAGACGACUUCCUCGACUGUUUUGGCAAUCCAGAGGUCACCGGCAAAAUAGGCACCGAUAUACAGGACAACAAGUGCUCCUGGCUCGCUGUGGUGGCCAUGCAGCGCGCCAAUGCCGAGCAAAAGCAAAUUAUGAUAGACUGCUAUGGACAAAAUGAUCCACUUAAGGUUGAGCGAGUUAAGGAGUUGUAUAAGGAGCUCAGCUUGCCCUCUACAUAUGCCAUUUUUGAGGAGGAAUCCUACAAUAUGAUCAAAACGCACAUACAGCAAACAUCUCGGGGCGUGCCGCAUCAGACCUUCUUGCAGAUACUUAACAAAAUCUAUCAACGGGACUCGUAAACUUAACAAAAUAACAUAUAUUACAUACAUAAUGGGGUGUAUGUAUGCCUGAAAGUGACUAAAAUAAUAUUGUAGUAUAGUAUUUGACUGGCUUGUGUGCAUCUAUGUGUAAUUUGGUAUAUUCAAUAAGUACAACAGAGAUUUUUUACUGUGCAACUCACGGUUGUUCUUCACUUUUAAUCAAUCAUCUGUAAAAUCAAAGGGCGCGAAUAGCUUACGAAAUUCGUCUACAUUAGCUUUCUCCUCCUCAUUGUCCAGCAGACAAUCCUUCCAGUUAACUUUCUCGUCACAAUUUAACAAAUUCUCGGAACAGAAAACGUCCCUAUAAACAAUUAAUAUUUUUUUAAUUUUUUUACUAAAGUAUAAAACACAUGCUACGAACCUCGCAAAGUGCAGCGGAAAAUGUUUCAUUUGUCGCGUUAUCAAUGUGCUGUCAUCGGGCAGUUCUGCUAGAAAAUAUGGACCCAUUUCUGGCAACAUUUUUGCUGAAGUCAAGGCCGGCAACGUCUCAAAUUCGAAAUUAAACUCCUCAGCUUUGUCCUAAAAGCAAUUAGAUACAAAUAACGUUAUUUUAAUUGAAGUAUAAAUAAUAAUAUAAAGUAUGCAGCAUA